GCCGUAGUUGUAGUCAUCGUCGUCGUGGUUGUAUCAACAGCAGCAACCCAAAAACAUACAACAACCGGCUUUAAAUAAAAAUAUUCAUCGUCCAACGUUGGUAUUUGUCUUUUGAAACUCUUGCAGUUCAGAAGUAUUUUAGCUGUUGCUGUCGAAGCAAACUAAGCCAAAGCGCGCUCAAGAAAAUAAAUAAAUUUCAUAUUAUAUUUUGAAUGUUUAUAAAAUAUACGAAAAAAAAAGAAGAGUGCAUUUAAUUAACAUACAUAUGUUUAAAUAUUAUUGUUAUUAAAAAAAAUACAAUAAAACAUAUAAGAAGAUUCAAAGUAUUUAUCUCUGUUGCUUUUUAGCACAUUUAAGAUAAAUACAGGAAUUAAAAAAAAAAUAAACUGAAAAAUACAGAGUGGAAGAGAAAAUACAAAAAAAAGAUAAAACUUUUUUUUUUGUUGUUUGUAUAAAUAAACAAAGGCCCAUCAUAUUGAUAAUUCCCUUAUUUUUUUUUGUUUUGUAUAAUCAAGUGGUCUUUUGUGAAAGUUGGUAUUUUUACCUUAAUUGAGGCGAUUUUUUGUGAGAAGAGAAAGAAUUGGUAAAAACAAAACCAGAACAACGAAACGUUAAAAUUUCAAGGAAAAGUAGCAUUUUUUUUUGAUUUUACAAAAAACGAGUGUUUUUUUUGAAAACCAUAAACGGACAAUAAAUAAGUAAAAAAAAUAAACCAAUCGUCCAAAUGACGAUGAACCGGUCGAACAGUUUUGUAAAUUCAUUGAAAUGGUGGCCUUUACAGGGUAGUAACCAAACAAAUAAUAAUAACAACAAUAAUAAUAGUAAUAACAAUAGUGGCAACCAUAAUAAUAAUAAUAAUUCAAAUAAAAAUUUCGCAUUUGGUAGUUCGGUAGCGGUACAAAAACUUCGAGAAUCCAAGUGGUUUCGUGUAGAUGAGAGGAGAAUAUUUUGUGCUGUUGUCGAAUGUGGCUUCUUGGUUGAGGUGAGGUCGCAAAAUCACGACGAAAACGAUCAAUCUUGGUUCGGUGUGGUGCUAUGUAAAACUACCAAAGAUAAUAAACCAAAACCUGAAACCAUUGAGAUAUUUUCUGUGAAAAUACGUGAAAAUGGUACAUUUAGGUUGUUCAAAUUAAAUUUAGAAGAUAUAUGGAAAAACGAAUGGGAGUUACGUAUAAAUAAUUUUGCUGAUAAAGAAAAACUGCCGCACAACGAAAAGGAUAUUCGUAAUCAGGUUGCUUUUGCCCGCAAAGCUAAACAGAGUCUUUGGCAUAAUAAUAAACAUUUUUCCUACUGGUGCCGUUAUGGCAGCCGACAACAGGAUGUCAGAAAACGUCAGAUGUCUGAAUGUGUAAAAUGGGGAAGUGUUGGAAUGAAUGCCGGAAUGCUGCUAAUUAUGAAUAAACAAAAAGCAAAUUCAACAUCAAAAUGAUUUAAUUUUGAUACAAAUUACGGAGCGAAAUAAGAAAAAAAGAAGAAAAAAUACAACAAGCUACAAUACGAUUGUAAGCUUUAAACGGUACCUAACCCUUUUAUAUAUGGAAUUCAUAUUCAAUUUGAAAAAAAAAACAUAAAUUGCAUUACAACAUUGUAGAUCAAUAAUCUAUUUACAAUUCUAUAAGAGUGAUAUAAAAGCAUAAAAU